AUAUUGUUUCAUUCCAUUUGUAAAUAAACUCAUUUUACAAACUGAAAAAAGUCCUAAGUCAUGUUUUGGUGUGGAGUAGUUUUAGCUUCACUGCUUUUAACCGUAAAGCUAUCAGGAAUAGGCGCAAUUGUGGAUUUCGAGAAAGAAAUUCAAGUAUCAUGCGUUAAUAAUGAGAAUGACACAAAAUUCCAUUUGUUUAACAUCAAAUACGAUCCAAAGAUGCACGCACGUACCUAUAAAUUCAAUCAAACUGACGCUGCUAAAAUAAAAGAGUUGAUGGGAAACUGGGAUAAAGUUAACUUCUUUUUCCUUGGUCAUGAAGAUAGGCUGUAUAGUUAUUCCGGCCGAAGUUUUAUAAUAGCAAGAGAGCAAAUGUUCAAUACAAACUCAGUUUCUUGCACCAUAAGUUAUGAUUUUCUUUGUGGGCCCGAUCUCAUGAAAUAUUUACAAUACUUCACGACAACGGUUGGUCAUAGAAUUCCAAAAGUGGUAGAAAUGGCUUCGACAUUCAUACGGCACAUUGUAGAUUCAACCGACAUCAAAAUUAAUUUGUCUGGUGUAUAUUUGACUGGCUUUUGUUUGGGUGGACACAUCGCUGGAAAUGUUGGAUAUGAAUUGAAACGAUUUUAUAAAGGUCAAAUGGUUCCGACCGUAUGGGCUUUUGAUCCUCCAGCUCUAGGAUUUUCGCAUCCAUCCAAAGCGGGAGAACCUAGACGAGUCCAAAAAGGGGAUGCUCAAGCUGUCGUUGUAUUCCAUACAUCUACACUUGGCGUUAAAAAAACUAUCGCCGACGUUGAUAUAAUCGUAAAUGAAUCCAAGGACCAACCGGGUUGUGAGAAACAAACGAUAGGUAUGUUUUGUGAUCAUUACGCAGCAUUUAUUCUUCGAGAAUUAGUUGUGUUGCAUAGUGAUAAACUACUUCUUAAUAAAAAUGGAAUUCCGUUUGCGUUCGCGUAUGAUUAUUCCGAUCAAUAUCCAUUCGAUAUUAUUAAUCCUGCUCUUAACAAAUCUGGAAAGUAUUAUUUACGUACUCAAGCUGUUUUUGGAGCCAAGUCAUGAGUAAAUUAUUAUAUUGGAGAAUCUUGAAUGUUUUUUUCUUCUUAAUUUUAUAAUUCACUUUGAACUUGAAAUAAAAAUUGAGAAAUGAUA